AUGCAUCGAACGAAUAGUUCCUCACCGUCAUCAUCAUCAACCUCAUCAUCAUCACCAUCCCUCUCUCAUGAUUCCUCAUCAUCAUCCUCUCUUCUUUUUUUAAAAUUAAAUGUAUCACUCUCUCAAGUGAUGGAUCAAUUAAUCUUUGAAAAUGAAUUUUUAAAACAAUUUCAUGAAUCACAACAUAAUACUCAAUUGAAAAUCAUUCAAGAAUGGACUAUGGAGGAUCGAUCACACACUACUACUGCCAUACCAUCAUCAUCCUCAUCAACAACCACUGCCAUUACCAAUUCCUCAACAUCAUCAACAACAACCACUGCCAUACCAUCAUCAUCCUCAUCUCCUUCAUCAACAACAACAUCAUCAACAACAACAAACAUUUCAUCUCCAUCAUCAUCAAACAUUAUUCACAAUUAUUCACAAUUAAUUUCACAUUUGAAAUUCAUUCCUUCAUCACAACCUCUCACUCUUCAAAGAAUUAUUCAAUACAAUCAAAAUAUUAUUGGAAAUAGUUAUAUUUCAUAUUUAGGAAUACCAUCUCAAUUACCAUGUCAAUCCAAUGAGAAAUUAAUUUUAUAUUAUAAUCGAUGUGAAUAUAUUAUAACUAUUGAUGUGUUAGAAACAUUUUUAAAAGAUACAUCAAAAACAUGGAUCAAAUAUAUCAUUCAAUACGAUGAAAAAGAUCAAAUGAUGGUCAUUGAAGGAAUGGUUCAAUGUUCAUUUGAAUCCAAGUUCAUGUGGGGAUUAAAAAGUAAAAUUGAGAAUCUCAUGACAUGUAUGGCUACAAGUAAAUUAGAAGAAUGGUUUGAAAUGGCAAGAAUUGAAUUGUUAAAGAGGAGGAGUGGCAAUGGUGGUGUUCACAAUCUUAUUCCUAAUAAUGAUCAUUAUAAUAGUAGUCAGAGUGGUCAUGGUAAUAGUAAUGGUGAUGAUGAUGAAAUUCAUUCCAUUCCAAUAAUGGAUCAUCAAACAUCACCACCAUCACCACCACCACCACCACCCACAGAGGUUAGAUUUCAAUUGUUGGAAUCAUCCACCAAUGAGGAGAAUACAAGACAUGUGGUGGUCAAUCAACAUGAAGAAGAAGAAGGUUCUACGACCACCAGUGAUGAUGAUACUUGCUAUUAUUCGAUCCAAUCAUCAAGUGCAUCAUCAUCACCUACAACAUCCAACACCACUAAUACUAUUACCACCACCACUUCACAACUCAUUGAUCAUUCCUAUCAUUUAGUAACAUUGAAAAAUGAAUUAUUGCAAUUGAAAGCUCUCUCCAAUCAACUUGAUAUGAAAAUUAAGAAUUUAGAGAAUCACAUCAUGGCAGAUCAUCAAUUACACUUGCUCAUCAAAAAAUACUAUUCCAAAAUUUCACAACUCAUUCACACUCAGAAAUUAACUCGAUUUAGGUUAAAGAAUCGACUGAAAUUGCUUUCAUUGAUUUGGUUUAUUAUUGGAUUGUUUUUAACACCCAUACUCUAUGGAUUGUAUCGAUUUAAUUAUCGAUACACCAAUGGAUUAUUUGUUCGUAAAUGA